AUGCAGUAUCUCACUGCAUUCUUCACAAAGAACCGUUCAAAGAACAGUCAAAAUCUGUUAAAAACUCUUUACGCGGCACUAUUCCUGGUUGGUUUGUGUGGUAACGUAUCGGUGAUAACGUUGAUACGUCACGUUCAUGCGGCGAUUCCAUACGAUAAUACAAUGAUAUUCGUAUUGUUCUUGUGCUGCGUUGAUUUGGCAUCUGUGAUACCGUUGCCGAUGGCCAUUGUGGACCAGUUGCUGGGUUUUUGGAUGUUUGGUACGGUGUGCUGUAAAAUAUAUCGGACAUUAGAGCACGUUGGACGGGCUUUAUCAACUUUCGUGUUGGCAACGAUGGCCUUUGAUCGAUUCCACAGGGUUUGGUAUCCCCAUCGAAAAACAAGGUGA